AUGAGCUCCGAUUCAGAUGAUCUCCAAAAAAUCAUCCGCGAACGUAUUCUGGACAAGACCAUCAAGGCUGAACCGGUAAUUCACUUUUUUCGCCUAUCUUUUUCCAAUUUUUGUCAUGGAUAAUAUAAUUUUUGCCUCAAAUUGACAAAAAAGAUGAUUUUUAAUAAAAAACAAAGUUCAAAAUGACCAACAAAGAUAAUAUGGGCUAUUUUCAGGAGGACAGAAGUUUUGAGGAUGUGAAGAACGAGGUUCUGAGCCUGCUUCACAAGGCCAGCGGCUUCAAAGUUGACUUCCCCAGCAGCUCCAGAGCGUCCAGUUCGACCUCCGACCCCACCCAAAAUGACGAAGAAAGCGAGAUGGAGGAUCGUGUGAGCGAGUUUGAGAUCGACUUCGAUGAAAGUAUCAACAAAGUUGUGCAACAAGGAAUGAUCGACAUCCAGAAACGCCAGGAGGAAAAGGCCCGCGAAACCCAACAAAACUUCAAAUUUGUGGCGGGUAAGUGAUAUCGGUUGAUUUUAAGAGGCAUUUGCGAUUUUUUGGGAGAAUUUUGCGAGGGUUAGGAUGGAGAAUCGGGCGGAAUUUUAGUUGAUCAAGUAUAAGGUCAUGAAUAAUAUAACUAAUUUCUUGAUAGUCUAAACCUUGAAAAAUGAUGUCUAGAUGGAAAAGUAAGGGUUAAAAUGUAGAUUAGAAGGGGGAACAGUAUUUUUUUAGGUAUUAUUCAGGCUUGGGACAGUCGAUCAAGUAUAAGGUCAUGAAUAAUAUAACUGAUUUUUUGAUAGUCUAAACUUAGAAAAUGAUGUCUAGAUGGAAAAAUAAGGGUUAAAAUGUAGAUUAGAAAGGAAAACAGUAUUGUUGUAGGUGUCAUUCAGCCUUGGGGACAGUUGAUCAAGUAUAAGGUCAUGAAUAAUGUAACUAAUAUUUUGAUAGUCUAAACCUUGAAAAAUGAUGUCUAGAUGGAAAAGUAAGGGUUAAAAUGGAGAUUAGAAAGGAAAACAGUAUUGCUAUAGGGAUUAUUCAGACUUGGGGACAGUUGAUCAAGUGUAAGGUCAUGAAUAAUAUAACUAACUUCUUGAUAGUCUACGAAAAAUGAUGUCUAGAUGGAAAAGUAAGGGUUAAAAUGGAGAUUAGAAGAAGAAACAUCGUUGUUGUAGGUAUUAUUCAGGCAUAGAUACCUACAUUUACAUUAAAGGUCAUGGUUAAUGUAACUGGUUUCUUGACAAUCUGAUAUGGGGUAGAUGAUGUCUAAUAGGGAUGUUAAGUUGUACAACAGAGAUCUAUCAUCAUAUUAUAGAAAUCUACGGCUUCAGCUUUGUCUUCUGUCCAGUUAAAAUAUUGGUGUAUCAAGUACAAGGUCAUGGAGAAUAUAGCCAAUUUUGGAGUCUGUAAACCUAUUAUUGAUGUCUAAGUAGAAGAAAAGGGCCUUAAAAUUAGACUAGAGGGAGUUUAAAGAACUUUGAAGUAGUUUUUUAUAUGAUUAUAGGAGUUAUAUUGAUUUAGGUCAUCAAUAAAAAGAUUUGCCUCUUUGAUGAUCUAAAUUUAGAUUUUUUAAUGCUUGGAUGGAAUAGUAAGACAAUAAAUAUCUCACACUUUACAGAAAGUAAAAUUUGGAGCAUGUGUUGAUCGUAUUUUUUCUAUAAAUUGAAAAUUUUAUCAAGUACAACAUCAUGGAUAAUAUUUACUCAAAAAAUUUACAUUAUUCAUAAUUUCAGAUGCCCUUGCCCUCGCCCAACAACAGAGCUCAGCGGCAGCCUCUUCUGCUUCCAGUCCCACUCCUGAAUCGUCACAAAGAAAGUACAAAAAGUAUGAAUACACGAUCUUGGAAGAGCUGAAUGCUCGAAAAAUGGAGGAAAGAGCAAGUGAUCCCAAUAAGAAAAUUGUAAGAUUUUUUUUGGGAUUUUGAUGUUCAAAUUCUCUAUUUUGAGUAUCACAGAACUCAUUUUUUUUGUUCUUGAUUUCCGUGAAAUCUGCAAAAUCUUUAAAUUUUUGCACGGUGCAAAAAGUGAAGAUAAUUUUCGCACAGUGCAAUAAAAAGAUAUUGAAAAGAGCACUUUUCAUAGAAAUCAGAGAAAAUUUUGGAUGGUGAAAAAUUUUUAUUUUCUAGAUAUUUUUGCACUGUGCAAAAAUUUUUGUAUUGUAGUCGCACGGUGCGGUCAAAAAUAAACUUUGGCCGCACCGUGCAAAAAUCUUGAUCGCACCGUGCGAAAUUUUUGGCUGCACUGUGCGAUUUUUUUGACCGCAUCGUACGAAAAUUUGACUGCACCGUGCAAAAAUUUUGAGUGCACUGUGCAAAAAUCUUGACCGCACCGUGCAAAAUUUUUAAAAUUUUUGUUCGCACUGUGCCAAAAUCUUGACCGCACCGUGCGAAAAUUUUGAUUGCACCGUGCAAAAUUUUUAAAAUUUUUGUUCGCACUGUGCAAAAAUUUUGACGAACUGAAAAAUAAAUAUCAGUCUGUCGGGAAAAUAAUGAGCACGCUGUCGCUGCGCCGAUCGCGUCGCUGAAGUGAAAAGCUGCUUGAUUUUGCCGCGACACAAGUCAUUUUUCUGGCGGCGAUGCGAUUUUUUAUGCGACAGAGUGCUCAUUAUUUUCCCGACAGACUGAAUUUCAACGAUAUCUAUGCCUAAUUAAGACUUUUUUUAACAAAUAUUUGCCAGAAAACUCAUGUUUUUACCUUUUUUUUAUGUUUGAAAUUUUCCAAAAAAAAAAUUUUUUUUUAAUUUUCAUUAAUUCCGAAUUUUUUGCAGGACCCUCACAUGCGAGCCAUCAUUUUGUACGAGUUCAAGACCGGCCACAGCGCCAUCGAAGCCAAUCGCAACAUCAACAAGGCGUUUGGCGAGGGCACCAUCACCAAAUUCCAGGUCCAACAGUGGUUUAUGCGCUUCAGAGGCGGGGAUUCGAGUGUGCGCGACCGGAAGGGGGGCCGAAAGUUGUUGUUGCGGCACUGCGAAGAGGACCUGAUCGACGCGUUGAUUGAGAAUCCCAAGAUUACGCUGCAAAAGUUGUCGGAGAUGUUCGGCGUCGGCGUCAGCACCAUUUUUAAUCAGCUCCGACGGCUGGGAAUCCGCAAAACCAAGGAGGGAUGGAAAUAA